AUGUCGACCGUAGAGGACGAUAAGAAGCCUUCCGGUGGCGAUUCAGCCGUGCACAUCAAUCUCAAAGUCAAAGGCCAGGAUGGAAAUGAGGUGUUCUUUAGGAUCAAGAGAAGCACUCAACUGAAGAAGCUUAUGAAUGCUUACUGUGACCGUCAAUCACAGGAUUUCAACUCCAUUGCUUUUCUGUUUGAUGGCCGCCGCCUCCGAGGGGAACAAACUCCAGACGAGCUGGAAAUGGAAGAUGGUGACGAGAUAGAUGCAAUGCUCCAUCAGACUGGGGACCGCGAUGUAAUAAUUGCGGUGAUGACGCAGCUGCCAGCUCCAGUUGUUAGAGCCAUGUCACUCAAUUUCUGGUACUGCUUUCUGAUAGAAAAGAAGUAUGUCAUGGGCAAAAAUCGUGGAUUGUUUAUAGUCGCAGACCAAAUCCAAGAAAUCACAACAAGUCCCAGCGAACGCUUGGCUGCCUUACACCAAACAGGAUCUCUGGAUGAUUACGCCAACGAAUUUCGAGCGAGAGCAGCCCAAGUCCCAGGCCUGGAUUCACAACUUCAGCUAGGGUUUUUCUUAAAUGGACUCAAGGAAGAAAUAAGGGUCUGCUUGCGCACAUAUGAUGUGCUCGAUCUACGAACAGCCAUUGAGCGAGAAUUGGAUUUCCUAAAUUCCAGAUUUGGAAGAUUUACUACUCGGUAUGGUUUGGGCUUCCAAUCCAGGCCCAUUAAUCCAUCUCGUUUUGAACCACCAAAACUAAACAACACCUCAACAACCGACCCAAAUAAGAAUUCUGCAACCCAGUACAAGCCCAAUGAUCACUUCAGACUAGUUCAAGGCGGCACAGGUUCCUCCUCUUCACAAAUACUGCGACAUAACACAACAACACAAAAAAGUAGAGUGGCACGCCAAUACUCCCAUCAAGAAUAUUUAGACAUGCGUGCAAAGGGGUUGUGUUUUUGCUGCAAGCAACCGUACAUCCCGAUGCAUGAUUGCCCUAAAAAAUCAUUGUGUGCUCUCAUCGCAGUAGAAUACGAGAACACUGAUGUUAUCUCCGACUUCAGACUAGAAGAAUCACAACAACAUCAAGCAGAAAUCAACCCAUCUUUAUCACGUGCCCUUAUCUCUUUGAGCUCAUUGCAACAAAUGGACGAUGACAUCGAAUAUUGCCUCUUGCUCUGGCAGAUUACAUCAUCAAUAGAAACUUCAUCAACAGAGACUUCAGCCCUCAAGUCCUCAAACGCUCAG